UCUCUUAUCAGCACGGACAUGGCUGACGCUGUGACCUACACCGACCUGAAAUUCUUCAAGAAUCUUCCAAGGGAAAAGGGACCUUCAGACAAUGAAGAAGACAAUGAUCAGUCAGAAGUUCUGUAUGAAAAUGUAGAACGACCAUCAAGAAAAAACGAAGCUCCCACAGCGCCACCUGUAGGAACAUCAGGGUCUCAACACCUGAAAACAAGGUUCCAGAGAUCUUCUCCGGUCCUCGCUCUACUCCUCCUGGUCUUCUGUCUGGUUCUCCUGACCGCGGCCGCAGUGAUGACUGUGAAGUAUAUUUCUGUGUCCCGGGAAGCACAAUUUACAUCUGCUGGUCACAUGGAGCUUAGCCGUAAACUCAAGGACCGCGAGGAUCUCCUCCAGAGGGUGAGGGAGGAGCUGAAGAGGAGCCAGGAGGAGCUGAAGAGGAGCCAGGAGGAGCUGCAGCAUGAGAAUCACUUUCUUAAUAUUACUUUACAAGAAGCAGAGAGUAGAGUGAAGGAUCUAGAAGCAACAAACAACAGAGCCACAGAGGACCAGCGAAAUGCAGAGACCAGGCAGAAUGAGACGAUAUCUAGACUGGACUCCAUCCAGAAAGGUCUCUGUGGGGAGGCCUGGACUUUAUUCGGCAGAAGAUGUUUGUUAUUCUUAGACCAUUCUUAUCCCAUGAGCUGGGAUAAGUGUAGAACAUUCUGUGAAGGAAAGAAGUCCAACCUCCUGCUUGUAAAGAAAGAAGACAGCGAAAUUCAGGAUUUCUUAAAAAAGAGAAAUAAAGAUUAUUGGGUCGGUAAAGAAAUGACAAUAUCCUGGACUCCGAGGUGGUACUGGCCUCCUGAUUAUGGGAUAUCAUAUUCUUGGAAUUGUGGUACCGUCAGCGGUGGAGAACUGGGCACAAUGUCCUGCAACACCAGAAAUUAUUGUGCCUGCGAACAAAGUCUCCUCCAAGUACAAGGUCUCUGUGGGGAGAACUGGACUUGGUUUGACAGAAGAUGUCUGUCAUUCUCAAGCAAACCCAUGAUCUGGGAUGACUGUAGAACAUUCUGUGAAAGAGAGAAGUCGAACCUCCUGGUUGUAAAGAAAGAGGACACCAAACUUAAGGAUUUCUUAAAAAAGAGAAAUAAAGAUUAUUGGGUCGGUAAAGAAAUGACAAUAUCCUGGACUCCGAGGUGGUACUGGCCUCCUGAUUAUGGGAUACCAAGUGUUUGGUAUUGUGGUAAAGUCAAUGCUGGAGUUCAAGGCACAGAGUUCUGCUCCAAGUCCAAUUAUUGUGCCUGCGAGCAAAAUCUCGUCCAUGUGGAAGGUUUAUCAGAAUCUUCUCCAGAAUCUUCCAAAAUGGUUUUAUGGGAAAAUAAAUAUAAAUGUCCUCCGCAGAAUCAGGUGACUCCACUAUAAUAUCCGGCCGAUGCUUCUCUAUAAACCAUUUAUAAGUUUUACCGUAUGUAAAUAUUUGUGUUCCUUUCUGCUGAUUGGUGUAGAGCGAUCACAUGGCCUCAUGGAGAGGAAUGAAAGGUUGAUCCCGUGACCCCUCUUUGCUUAUGUGCUCUAUUUGAAUAUUGGGGCUGUGGGCGCAAAAUAUAGAGGUUAAUGCUGGAACUUGGCCCUUUUAUUAUAGUCGGGAGUUAGUGGGCACUUUGCCCCCAGCCACCGGGUCAGUUCACAAUAUACAAAAAAAUUCUAAAUAAACCACUGCACCCGUAUAUAUUUUUAUCAAGUAGACACCUGGCACAUUGGCAUUAUACCGGCCGGCUCCUAAUACUCCAUCAUAACAUUUUAAAACAAAUAACAUGAAAAACAAAACAAAUAUUGCUUCUUGACUAUUUGGCUAAAAUGAAGUAUAGUAUCUAUUCUUAUCAGUUUAAAGGGGUGCCUUUAACUUGUGCCAAAAAGUUAA